AUGAUCAUUAAAAAAGUUUGGGGCGUUAUAUUUUGUGACGCUAUUGUUCAGACAUAUGAAACAGAGUUUCUGCGAAGACCUACAACCCAUGAUAUACUACGGUUGUAUGAAGCGCACGAAGCGAGACAUCACAUCCCCGGGAUGACCAGCAGUCUAGAUUGUACACAUUUGGCUUGGAAAAUGUGUCCAAACGAGUUCAGGGGUCAAUAUAAGCGGGGUGAUCAUGAACACCCCACUAUUAUGAUGGAGGCGACGACGUCUCAAGAUAUGUGGAUAUGGCACACAUUCUUUGGCCCUCUCGGUUCGCUAAACGACAUCAAUGUUCUGCAACAAUCUCCCUUGUUCCUCCCUGAGCGUAUGGGCACUGCGCUUAACUGCCCAUUCACUGUGAAUGGGUAUAGGUACAAACGUGGCUACUAUCUAGUCGAUGUCAUAUAUCUUGUGUGGUCUACGUUUGUUAAGGGGUACAAAUAUCCUACCGAUCCGAAAGAAAAAAUGUUCAAAAAAGCACAGAGUCGGCUCGCAAGGAUGUUGAACGGGCUUUCGGUGUUCUGA